AUGGCAGUCGAUGACAUUCUGAGUCGAGACACGGAUACUUUUGUACUGGCUCAAAAGGCCUACUAUCCUACAAAGAUACCCAUCGCACAUUACCAAUUACGCCAUUUCAUCUCGUGUCCCGAACCCGACCUUCUCUACUAUGCGAGUGGCGCGGCCGUCUACUGCCUCAAUGCCGCUACACGAACACAAGCACACGUAACGACUCUACCCUGGGAAGCACGCUGCACUGCAUCCGGAUACGGCUAUGUCUGCGUCGGAGGAGAAGAGCAUGGCAAUUUUGCUGCCAUCAAGGUGACGGGCUUCCCUCCUGAAGACCCAUCCAACGUCGAUGCCUCGUUGCCUCUGGAAUUCGAACACCGCCUGUCUCGGCCACCCCUUCUGGGUGCUGCGUCGCACAUACGUCUCGAGAAGAUUGGUGCCGACAUAGUCAACUCAAUAUCGAUACACAAGAUGCCCGGUGAGAGCGGUGGUCAGGAUGAGAUCGUGGCGGUACUCACCAACAAUGACAAGACGGUGCGCAUAUACUCGCUCACACAGAAUCUGGAACUUGCAGUACUAGACCUGCCCUUUGCGAUGAACCAUGCUUCAAUAUCUCCAGAUGGACAAAUGUUGGUGGCUGUGGGUGAUGCGCCCAUCGGGUACUUUUUUGAGAGAACAAAAUCACAAAAGUCUGAGAACAAGAUAGCGGAAGGGUGGAUACAGUCAUCACCGCCGGAGUGGGAGCUACUCAAGCACGUGACCUUGCACCGACCUGCAAACUCGCAUGCAGACGGUUACUUUACUACGGCGUGGUCACCGUCUGGCCGUCUUUGUGCAGUUGGGUCCGAGUGUGGAUACAUUACUGUGUUUGAUGUUGAACUUUUGAAGAUAGUCGAGUAUGGAGAAGAAGCCAUUUUGCAGUUGCUCAGUUCCACGCGACCUGAUACUCGGGCUGGGCCCGGUGCAGUACGAACAAUGCACUUCUCGCCUGCGCCAUGGGACUUUCUGGUAUGGAGCGAAGAUCAAGGCAGAGUAUGCAUCGCUGAUUUGCGAGCUGGUCUGAAGGUCAAACAAACAGUCACAUUGGAUCCAAAAGAAGAAGGCCUAGAAAGUGUUGAACUGGCUGAUUUCGACUUGACCCUUAGCCCAGAGAUGCAUGAGUUGCGUCGCGAAGCAGACUUUAUUCGGAGAUAUCGCCGUGCACUCGACACCGAAGGAACUACAGUGCCUGUAACCGUCACACACGAGUACCGCUUCGAGGCUGAUUCCGAGCGACAGAGGCUACAUCGCCGGCUGGGUGUCGUUGAGUCAGACAAUGAUCCACUUGGCUUGACAGCGCGCGAAAGACAAGUCCUCAGUGCGUUACGAACAAGUCACCGACAACGAGAAGAGUCACGUGAGCAGGAAAUAACACCCCGAAGCAUCAACUACACGGCUUCUGGGCCACUGGACGCUGUGCCAGAACCUACGGCUAGAGAAGUUGCCGAAGCUAUGGCUCAGUUCAUGUCUGAGAGGACGGGUCAGAAUCAUGCUCCCCGCUGGUUCCAUGAGCGUACAACGCCUCGACGCCAGGCUUCUGUCAUUGUCUCAAUUAAUGAAGGCACGAUCAAUGCGCCAGUGACACUUACAAAUAUUACCGACUCUGCCAUUACGCGGUCGCCAAAUCCAGUGCCGGCACAAGCACGUCGUAUGACUAGCGAAUUGAUGGCAUCCACUGAUGAAGCGUGGCGCACAGUCGAGGAGGUGCUUAACGCAGAGCAGACACGGGCUACGAACCGUAACACGACAUCACAUCCAUCUGCUCCUGGUACUGAAGGCAACGCUACCGUGCCUGAACUGCGUAACGAACUUCGUCGAAUUCGUCAACUAACGCAAGCACGUGAGCGUCUCCGAAACGCGCGUGCUAGCCAGACUUUAUCAGACACGUAUGAAAUGAGCCUUGGUUUCCGCCGUCCGGCAAACCGCCUAAGUCACGACCCACGUUUGGGUGUGCGCACAGCGGGGCUGGCCAUGAGCCAGGAUGGGCGAACACUGUACUGCGGAACGGAAGAAGGUAUCUUCGAACUCAAGAUGAACGUUCAUGUGAGGAAGGGAUUUCCUGCAAUCAACCCGCGAUAA